GGCGGGGCGGGACGGCGCGGCGGCCAGGCGCUGCCUCAGCGGCGCGGCGCGGGGUGAUGGAGCCGCCGGUUCUGGCCGCCCGCGCCCCGGCACGCAGCACCCGCUGAGGCCCGCCCGCCGCCGUCGCGGCGCGGCCGCCCCUCGCCUCCCACCGCCACCCCCGGGAAAUGGCCACCGAGCCCCCGCGGCCAGCGCUGCCCGCGGCGGGGCGCAGGGAGCGCGGCUGCGGGCGCUGCGCGGGCGGCGGGCGCGGCGAGGCGGAGGAGGAGGAGGAGGAGGAGGAGGCCGCGGCCCAGGCGGCGCCCGGCGCUUCCCCGGGCCCCGCGGCGGCGGUGGCGGCGGGGAUCCGGCGGCGGGGGCUGAACGGCUGCGUGCCGCUGUCGCACCAGGUGGCCGGGCACAUGUACGGCAAGGAUAAAGGCGGUAUACUGCAGCAUCCGGAUGGGACUGUCCUGAAGCAGUUGCAGCCACCACCUCGUGGUCCCAGGGAGCAGGAGUUCUAUAACAAGGUUUAUGACUCCGACUGUUGCGACAGCAUUCUUCUGGAGCUGCGGGAAUAUCUGCCAAAAUACUUUGGUGUCUGGUCACCACCUACUGCACCAAAUGAUACGUAUCUAAAACUGGAAGAUGUGACCCGUAAGUUUAAUAAGCCUUGCAUAAUGGAUGUAAAAAUAGGUCAGAAAAGUUAUGAUCCGUAUGCUUCAGCUGAGAAGAUACAGCAGCAGGUCAGCAAAUACCCGCUGAUGGAAGAGAUUGGCUUUUUGGUACUGGGCAUGAGGGUUUACCAUGUCUCUUCUGACAGCUAUGAGACGCAAAACCAGCACUAUGGAAGGAGCUUGACAAAGGAAACAGUGAAGGAUGGCAUCUCAGAGUUUUUCCACAAUGGGUACUGCUUGAGAAAAGACGCGAUAGCUGCCAGCAUUCAGAAGAUUGAAAAAAUUUUGGAGUGGUUUGAGGGCCAGAAGCAACUCAACUUUUACGCGAGCUCUUUACUGUUUGUUUAUGAAGGUUCAUGUCAGGCAACUACUGUGCGGUUGAGUGAUGUCACCUUGGCAGAGAAGAGAGGAGUGCCCAAAGGACUGUUAUCAAGUGGAGACAUACUGGAGUAUAAUAAUAAUAUUCGUGUAAUAAAUUCGACAGAGAAUGGAAAAAUUGAGGCCUCUGUAAGUAAAGGCUUGUCCAAAUUUUAUGCACUUCACAAAAAGGCAUACUCGAAGAGGCACCACAGCCAACUCUCAUUAAAAGUUGAAAACUUGGAGCAAGGCAGCGUGUGGAAAAGCAGCACGUGCAUUACCCAGGAGCAUCUGAAUGGGAACGUUAUACCCCAACUGGAAAAAGUUUUCUGUCACAUGCCAGCAGAGAUCAAGGAAAGCGCAAACGUAGAAGUCCGAAUGAUAGAUUUUGCUCAUGUGUUUCCGAGCAACACAAGGGAUGAGGGCUACAUUUAUGGUCUGAAGAAUUUAAUUACAGUACUUCAAAAUAUUUUGGACAACUAAAUUCUUUGCUAUGGUUUUUUUACUGGGGGCCAAUGAUAAAGAAGAGCAACAACAUGAAGAAUUUCUGCACUUGUAAUGCUCUAUAACUGGGUUUGUAUUGUUCUAUAUUUUAUUUGUCUUUGUACUUUUGGUAGAAGGGUUUAACUUUUUAUAAUCUCACUCAGGAAAAUAAUUGAUAGCUAAUUAGGGAGUGUGAAAGGAAGAAGAUACUUGAGAUUAAGCAGGAUAGGUAAAUCAGUAGAAUGACAUGUAUAUGGUUGGCUGAAAUCCAAGGAGUACAGUUGUACAAUAAGCAGGGGUUAUGUUAGUUCCCACAGCGACUUUAGCACAGAUAACAUUUGCCCACUUAGCCUCGACACUGAGCCGUAUCCCCAUUGACAGGUGUUUAGAAAAUGGACUGGAAACUCUUCGGGUGCGGGGCUGAUGUCCUCAGUACCGCCCUCUUGUGUUUACUGUAGCUCAAUAACUGGAGUUAACCCUACCCGGAGAGAAGCCCCGUUCCCAGUCAGCAGUCUAACCUGGAAGCCAGUGUAUCAAAAAGCGCUCGUCAGUGUUACGGGACGGUAGUGCUGUUGUUUCACCCCUGGUGCGGGCGCUUCCCCGCUUGGUGGCUGUCCGUGGCCAGUGCUCACCGCAGACAAGCUGCAACGUGAUUUGCGUUGAGGUGCUAAGAAAAUGCUGGAGUGAAAUAUCCUGAUAAGCUUAAACUGCACAACUGCUAGAGAAACUGCUUGUUCCUAAGAAAAAGUGGAAGAAUGCAAACGCGAGAUGUUCCAGGAACUAAUUUGGUGUAGGAGAUCCAGUCAGCCUGUUAAUGGAGUGUCUGAUGUUGCGACUAAGGCAAAUGCCUCACUCCUUUGAUCUGAUGGCCCUUCUCCAAAAACACGGCUUUUAAAAGCAAACUAAUUUGAAUGGGGAAACAAAGCAUUUUGAGUAAACAUACAGAGAUUUCCACUGCUGGGGAGAACCGACUGGAAACGACGAGCCAUACAGGUGAAGGACCAGGACCCCUUCCUGCGAGGAUCCGUCCCGCGCAGCCCCGGAGCCACCGGACGUACCUCCGUCGGUUGCAGUGGAAUUGUGGCGCUCUUACCCUGGGCUAAAGCUAGCUCUGUUGCUGUUUAGGGGUUUUUUUGUUGUUGUUGAUGAUGACACACAGGCAAGCUGUGUAAUUUAGUUUAAAAGUUGUCCCACUUCCUCCUUUUUCACAGGGAAAAUUCAAGCUUUCGCACAGAAUAUUUGCGAUUGGGAUGAUGUAUCCAAAGUGGUUUGGUGUGUCUCUUCUGUAUGCUGUGUACGUGGCUGUCCUACCAUGCAUAUCUAGUCAGCUAUACACAAAGUCAGGACGGAGGAGUCUUGCCAUCUGUGGAGCAAGGUUUUAAUGAUCUAAGCAAGCCCCAGAAGUAAAACUUUUCAGAAUGGAUUCGGUCAUUGGACACAUACAUCUUUCACGUGUGGACUUAAUGUGACGCUGUGGCCUUGCAGCUCUCUGUGUGAUGUUCUGCACUAUGCACUCACUUGUGUACAUCUCUCUGCAAGUCCUAAAUUUGACAUCUGGUUUCUCUAUCAGAAAGAGAGAAAUACUUUUUCAAGCAAAUAUGCUGUUUUAAAAGAAGCCGAAAUUUUAGCUCUGUUUGAGAACCUGGCUUAAUUGGAAGAAGAGGAGGUAUUCUGUGUUAGAACGACAUUGUUUAAACUUUAGAGCUAAUAUUGGCCAAUACAAUCAAGAAUGAAACCAGGCUGUUAGUAACAGCAUUUUUGAAGCAUGGGAAAAAAAAUGCUUGCAGGAGGGGCAGUAUCAUUUUGUUGAAAAUUUUAUGCAAAUUAUGCUGAAGGCUGAGGGAAAAUUAUCAGGAAGAUAAAGUAUUUUUUUUCUCCCUGGUGUUUCCAUUGCACCAUAGAGAUAAUAUAUUCGCAACUCUCUGUGAACUAAUUUAAGCCAUAUUCUAGGAAGAGUUUGUGGUUUUGUUUACUCUCACGCUGGUUUCUCUGUUAAGAUUUGGUUCUAUCCUAUAAAUAGUAAAUGCUAGAGUAGUCUGGGCUGGUAGUGACCUCGAAUGAUAAAUUUACAAUGUUUUAUAGCAGAUAUGGGGGAAGACAUUUAUAUGGCUGAAUUUUUGUCCUCUGUCAUUCAUCUCUCUUCUGGACUUUAAUCCAUUUUGUGCUGGAGAAAUUGGACAUCUGCCUCAGACAUCAGUUAUUGGAAAAUGAUCUGUAUUCUCUUAAUAGAAACGCAUUCUCCUGUCUCUGCUUUAAGAUACGUGUCUUCAGUGUUUGAAUGCUCCUUAAGUAUUGAUUUUUGUGUUGACGAUGGCAGUGUUUGUAAUGCACCUGGAAUAUUGUUAAUCUGUCAGAAUAUUUUUAAUAAAAAAAUAAAAUAA